CAAUCUCACUUCUGUUAAAACUUGUAACAGUUUGUUUAAAAUUUAUUAGAUUUAAUAAAAAAUAUGGCUGAAGCACUUGCUGGUAAAUUUGAACAUGAAAAAAAUGAAAACGUUUUAGAAUAUUUUAAAGCUAUUGGUGUACCCGAUGAAGUAAUUGAAAAAGUAGGAAAAUUAUCACCAACAGUUGAAAUUAUUGUAAAUGGUAAUUCAAUCACAAUAAAAGGUUCCACAGAUAGUACUUUUGAAAUUGGUAAAGAAUUCGACGAUCAAGUACCAACUGGCGCUGUACUCAAAAGUAUUCCAACAUUAGAAGGUGGCAAAUUAGUAAUCACUUCCACAUCACCUGAUGGUAAAAAAGGUACCCGUACUUAUGAAGUCACUGCUGAUGGACUGAUUGUUACACUCCAAGCUGAAGGAUGCCCAAUUGUUGGUAAAAGAUAUUACAAAAAAGUUUAAAAUUAAUUAAUAUUUUAAGUGUGUGAAUUAUUAUUAUAUUUUGAUUAUAAAUAAAAAACUCCAGA